AUUUAAAGUCACCAUUCUUCAUUAAUUAUCUACGUCCUCUGUUUUUCCUUCAGAAUGGGAGGCUGCAUUUCCUCCGCCGCAAAAGCCGGCCGCGUCCUCUCCUCCCGGUUCAGCAGCCGCCGGCCGUACCCCGACUACAACAAGGCCCCCCGGAAGCUCGCCACCUUCCGCGCCGCCGCGGUGGUGAAGGAUCCCUCGGGGAACAACAUCCACGAGAAGUACACCCUGCAGAAGGAACUAGGCAGGGGAGAAUUCGGGAUCACGUACGAGUGCGUCGAGAAGGAGACCGGCGAGAAGUUCGCCUGCAAGACCAUCUCCAAGGCGAAGCUGCGGACGGAGAUCGACGUCGAGGAUGUCCGGCGAGAGGUGGAGAUCAUGCGGCAUUUGCCCAAGCACCCGAACAUCGUGGCGUUUAAGGAAGCGUACGAGGAUAAAGAGCAGAUUUAUCUGGUGAUGGAGCUCUGUGAAGGUGGGGAGUUGUUUGAUCGGAUUGUGGCGAAAGGGCAUUAUACUGAGCGAGCUGCCGUCAUGGUCACCAAGACCAUUUUGGAGGUCGUUAAGGUAUGCAAUGAACAUGGAGUGAUCCACAGGGACUUGAAGCCGGAGAACUUCUUAUUUGCGGAUGCGUCUGAAAACUCCGAUCUCAAAGCCAUUGAUUUUGGUCUUUCCAUUUUCUUCGAACGUGAUGAACGAUUCAAUGAGAUAGUUGGAAGCCCAUAUUACAUGGCUCCUGAGGUGCUUAGAAGGAACUAUGGCCCAGAAAUUGAUGUGUGGAGCUCUGGUGUCAUUCUUUACAUCUUGCUUUGUGGGGUUCCUCCAUUUUGGGCAGAGACUGAAGAAGGAAUUGCACAAGCAAUUGUGAGGGGGCAUUUGGAUUUUUCAAGGGAUCCAUGGCCUAAGGUUUCCAAGGAAGCCAAAAGCCUAGUUAAGAGCAUGCUUGAUCAAAAUCCUUACUCUCGACUAACCAUCCAAGAAGUGCUCGAGCAUCCAUGGAUACAAAAUGCGAGCCAGGCACCAACUGUGUCCUUAGGGGAGAAUGUAGGAGCAAGGAUUAGGCAGUUCUCCCUCAUGAAUAAGUUCAAAAAGAGAGUUCUCAGGGUGGUAGCUGAUAAUUUGCCCGACGAGCAAGUAAACCACAUAAGACAAUUGUUCCACACCAUGGACACCGACAAAAAUGGAGAUGUGUCGUUCGAAGAACUCAAGGACGGUCUUCUUAACACUGGCCAUGCUCUUCCCGAUCUCGAAGUCAAGAUGUUAAUGGAUGCUGCGGAUUUUGACGGGAAUGGCACAUUGAGCUGGGACGAGUUCAUAGUGAUGUCGAUCCAUCUGAGGAAGAUUGCAAACGACGACAAUCUUGCUCGAGCUUUCAGCUUCUUCGACAAGAACAAGAGCGGGUACAUUGAGAUUGAUGAGCUAAGAGACGCCAUGAUCGAAGACCAUUCGGGCCCCCACAACAUCGAGCAAGUUAUCAAAGACAUCAUGGGGGAUGUUGACCUUGAUAAGGAUGGAAGAAUAAGUUAUGAAGAAUUCAAGGCAAUGAUGAAGUGUGGGAUGGAUUGGAAAAUGGCAUCUCGACAAUAUUCAAGGGCCAUGCUAAAUGCCCUUAGCAUCAAGUUACUAAAGGACAAAUCCUUGGCUCAGAUUAAGUAGUAGUUUGCAGAUUAUUCAUUGUUACUAUUGAAUUUGAAGAGCCCUUUUUUGUGUGUGCCAAUAUUAACCUAAUUAAGAGAAAUUUGUACAAUUUUUAACCAAUCGUGUAAUCACAAACAUGCUUUCCUCUUUGUUCAUGAAGAGAAAAAAAAAAAAAAAAGAAACCUGAGUUGAUUCUCUCAACACCAUGUAUUUCAAGGGGAGGUUGACACGAUUUGCUCUCACAUAGAAUUCUCACAAUCAAUCAGGAUAAUAAUAUGCAGAUAUGGAA